CGUCGUCAAGCCAUCGGUCAGUUACCAGAUCAACACCAACAGUAAACAGAAAUCAUUUCCUAGCCCGCCAACAAAAACAGACUUCCCAUUCGAUCCGCUCACAAGCUUUUCGAUCGCUUUAGUUGUUCAACAAUCAACAGCCAACACCAUGAGCUCCCGGAUGGCCGGAGCCACGCUUCUGCGCCACCUGGGCCCCCGCCUCUUCGCCGCCGCCGAGCCAGCCUCCGGGCUCGCCGCGAGCGCGAGGGGCAUCAUGCCCGCCGCCGCGAGGAUCUUCCCCGCGCGGAUGGCCAGCACCGAGGCCGCCGCCCCGCAUGCCAAACAAGAAGAUGAUGCCGCGAGCCCCCAGGCGGCCGCGACUCCAGAGCAGCAGAACAAGAAGCCCGUGGUGAGCUACUGGGGCAUCGAGCCUCGGAAGCUCGUCAAGGAUGACGGCACGGAGUGGCCAUGGUUCUGCUUCAGGCCGUGGGACACGUACCGGCCGGACACGUCCAUCGACGUGGCCAAGCACCACGAGCCCAAGGCCCUGGCGGACAAGGUGGCCUACUUCGUGGUUCGGUCGCUGCGCGUGCCCCGGGACCUCUUCUUCCAGCGCCGGCACGCCAGCCAUGCUCUGCUACUGGAAACGGUGGCGGCGGUGCCUCCCAUGGUGGGCGGCGUGCUGCUGCACCUGCGCUCGCUCCGCCGCUUCGAGCACAGCGGCGGCUGGAUCCGGGCGCUCAUGGAGGAGGCCGAGAACGAGCGCAUGCACCUCAUGACCUUCAUGGAGGUGACGCAGCCGCGGUGGUGGGAGCGCGCGCUCGUGCUCGCCGCGCAGGGCGUCUUCUUCAACGCCUACUUCGUCGGGUACCUCAUUUCCCCCAAGUUCGCGCACCGCUUCGUCGGGUACCUCGAGGAGGAGGCCGUGGAGUCUUAUACUGAGUAUCUCAAGGACCUUGAGGCCGGAUUGAUCGAGAACACGCCCGCGCCGGCCAUCGCCAUCGACUACUGGCGCCUCCCCGCCGACGCCAGGCUCAAGGACGUCGUCACCGCCGUGCGCGCCGACGAGGCGCAUCACCGCGACGCCAACCACUACGCAUCGGACGUCCAUUACCAGGGAAUGACGCUGAAUCAAUCGCCUGCGCCGCUCGGGUACCACUGAUCAGCUCAAUGGACCAUAGAUCGAUGCCUGCUCAGUCCAUACCGUUGGUGCGUACUACACUACUACUACCACUGUCGCCGAUGUUAAUUUGGGAUGGAUUGUUGCGCGCGUAGUAUGUUUGGUGUAAACGUCUUUUGGAGAUGCUCACAGGGGGUAGGGUGUGCGUGUGUACGUUUAUAGAGGUGAGUGUAUGUGCGUGUACAUGAGUGCUUGUGUCUGUACUGAUGUUCAAAAAGAUAUGUUUAUUUGUA